AUGAACGCUUUAAUCCACACGCUACUUCCUCGAGGUGAUGAUAAUGGAGCUUCUCAUGGCCGACGGGCAUUGGUGGUGACUGCAGUACUGACUGCUAUCUCCACUGUCAUUGUCGCAAUGCGGUUCUAUGCGCGACUUGGUUUGAUGAAAAUCACUGGUCCUGAAGAUUGGGCUAUUCUGAUCUCUUUGAUGUUUUCCCUUAUAUAUCUCGCACUCGUCGCUGCCCAACUACAUUAUAGCAUGGGCGUUCACUCAGCAAUUCUUUCCACUCAUGUCUUACAGCAACAACUGAAGUGUCUAUGGGCUGCAAUUCCAAUGUACAACGCCAGCCUGGCAUUUACCAAAUUCUCCAUUCUCUUCCAAUAUUUACGCAUCUUCCCCGGCAAACCAUUCCGCCUCAUCUGCUAUGCCCUGAUGGCAAUCGUGGCUGCAUACUCAUCGUGGGCCGUUGUGAGUGGCUUCGUAAAUUGUGUCCCCGUGGCCAAAUUUUGGAACAAGGGCUUGCCGGGCAACUGUCUCAAAUUCGAGGCACUCUGGUUCUUCAAUGCGGCUAUGAACAUUACAACCGAUAUAGCACUACUGUUGCUGCCCAUGCCACUACUUUCCAAACUACAGUUGCCCCAAACGCAGAAGAUCGCCCUAAUGGGCGUUUUUGCUAUGGGUAUCUUGGUUGUGGUCACUAGCAUUCUCCGUCUGUCUAGUUUACGUGAGGUAGCAAAAAGCCCCGAUACUUCGUACAGCAACGUCGCAGCUGCCUACUGGACCGCCGCAGAAUGCAACGUCGCCAUUAUGUGCUCCUGUCUGCCAUUCUUGCGACCCAUCAUCAGCCGCAUCUUCCCCAGGCUUCUCGCUGCAGAUAGUUCCAAUCGCUAUACUGCCAGCAAAGCCACCGUGACAAACCUUACGGGAACUCGCACUCAGACUCGUCGUACUCAGCUGUAUAGCCACAAUCACGAUACAGACUAUGAUAUGUGUUCGAUCAAUAUUUUGACUAAGCCUGAUAAUCAUUCUGGUCAUAGUUCCCUCGGUGGCAUCGAGGUUACCACUGAGAUGAGCAUUAUGCAAGAGGCAACUCCGAAGAAGAGUACCAGUGAACAUAGGCUGGUUAUGGAUGCUUGA